AUGCAAAGCAGGGGGGAGUCUUCAAUCUCAGAGUUUUUCAUCAAGGUAAAAAAUCUUUGCUCUGAGAUUAAUACUCUCAAUCCGGAGGAGUCGAUUUCGGAAGCACGGUUGAAGCGGUCUAUUAUUCGUGGUCUACGACCCGAAUAUACACCGUUUGUUACUUCAGUUCAAGGAUGGGCUACACAACCUUCCUUGGAGGAGUUUGAAAAUCUACUAGCUUCGCAAGAAUCACUAGCCAUGCAAAUGGCGGGAGUUAAAGUCCAUGAUGACUCGGUGAGCGCUUUUGUAGCGGGGAGACAACAAAGCUUCAGAGCCAAACCCAAAUAUGGUAAUGUAAAGAAUAAUGAUGGACGAGAAGGAUCUUCUACGGGAGACAAGAAGCGAUUCAAGUGUUAUCGGUGUGGAAAACUUGGGCAUUUCAAAAAGAAUUGUCGAGUCAAGCUGAAGGAAACAAAUAUGGCGGAAUCAAAGGUUCAUACUGAAGACGAAGAAUGGGGAAAAUGUUUCAUUGUGGAGGCUGCAUCUUCAGGUACAUCCACAGCAAAAAAUCUUGGAAAUGAUUGGAUUGUGGAUUCUGGUUGUAGCCAUCAUAUUACCGGAGACGAGAAGUUAUUUUCUAGUCUUCAGCGUCAUGACGGGAAAGAAACCAUCAUUACUGCGAAUAAUUCAAUCCACCGCGUUUAG